UCUAUCAACUAAUCUAUCAAGUUUCAAGUUUCAAGUUUCAAGUUUCAAGUUUCAAGUACUCAUAACCUUCCCAUUUUUUUACUCAAGUCUCCAACACUCUAACCCAUAACCAUUGUUCAUGUACUACUUAGUACUUACUCUACUACACUACACUACCAUUUACCAAAACACUACCAAUACUCCACUACUCACCAUUUGCAAGCAACAAUAGCAACAAUCCAAGUCCAACAACUCUCUCACUCUUCCCAUCCCAUCAUCUUCUUCCAUCACUCAUUCACCCAUACAUCCACCAAAUCAUCUCAUCUCUAUCUCUAUCUCCCAAUAAUUUCACCCCAAAUAAACCCAUUUUUAUUUUUACAAUUUAAAUAAAUAUAUAAAUAUAUAAUCACCCUUCAAUAAUGUCCAUCAUUGAAAGACCUCAUAGAGCUACAAACACACAAACUUCUACAAGUGAGCUAUUCAUUUGCUUCACUUCCCACCUUUCUAAAUCCUCUUCUUUGCGCCGUUCUUCCAAAUCUAUCCUUAGUCCUGCUCAUACAACCACCAUUGAUAAAUCACCAACCAUGUUUCCUUCCAAGAAAACAAGGGGAUCUUCUGGUUUUGCUGAAAACCCUGAACCAUCUUCCCCUAAAGUUACUUGUAUUGGUCAAGUUAGAGUAAAGACUAAGAAACAAGGCAAGAAAAUGAAGAUGAGGGCUUGUAGAAGUAAAAGAUUAAGUGGUGGGGAAGCUAGUUUUCGAAGAAUUGAACAUACCCAUGAUGGGAUUUCACAUGGGAUUCAAAAUCAAGAAUGUGGGUUGAAUUUAAAUCAUAGAAAUCAAAGAUGGGUACAUCUUCCUUUAACAAUUUGUGAAGCUUUAAGAGCUUUUGGGAAUGAAUUUAGUUGUUUGUUUCCUUGUAAAUCUUCUUGUUUUAGUAGUGGAGGAGAAAAGGGAAGGAAAGUUAAGGAGGAAAAUGAAAAUGAACCAAAUUCUUGUGCUGUUUUUAGGUGGUUAGUGUCAUUACAAGAAGUUGAAGAGGAAGAAAAAAGGAAAGAUAUUGAGUUAGUUGUGGGAGGUGAAGAAGUUAGAUGUGAGAGUAUAAUGAUGGAAAGAGAAUGUUCUAGAAGGAGGUCUAUAUUUGAUGAUAUAGAGUUUGAUGAUUUGUUUAAUAAAAAUGAAGAUGAGAUUGGUAAUGAUAAUGGUGGGGAUGAGGAAGAAGGUUCUAGGGUUAGUAUUUGUAUACCUCCUAAAAAUGCUCUUUUAUUGAUGAGGUGUAGAUCUGAUCCUAUGAAAAUGGCUUCUCUUUCUCAUAAAUUGUGGGAGCCACAACUUGAUAAUGAUGAUGAAGAGGUUAAAGAUGUGAACCUUGAGGUGAAAUUUGAGGUAAAAGAGGAUAAAGAAGAGGAAUUUAUUGAUGGGUAUGAGAAAAUUGAAGAAAUAUUGGAUCUUUGGGUAGAAUUACCUAAUUUUAUUGAGGAAGAUGAUGAUCAAGAUCAAGAGGAGGAAAUGAAGUUAGAAAACAGAGGAAAAACAGAGCAUGUAAAGUGUGAUUUUCUAGAAGAAACCCAUGUAGAAGAUGAAAUGUUGGAUAAUGGGUUUUCAAUUGAAGCAAUUGUAGAUGAAGGUAAGGUUGAAAAUGGUGGAAAUGAGCAAGAUUUGACUGUUAAUUUGGAAGAAAAUCAACAAGAACAAGAAGAACAAGAUGAGGAAAGUUUAGAACUUUCUAGAACUACAACUUCCACUGUAUCAAAUUCUUCAGAAGAGUCAAUAGUUGUGUCAAAAGAGAGAGAAAAGGAAGAAAUAAUCCCAAAUGAAAUUGUAGAAGAAAAGAUACAAGAAGGAAGAAAGUCAACGUCAAUGGCGGAAAAUAAGAAGUCAACAUUACCAGAUUGUUUACUGUUAAUGAUGUGUGAGCCAAAGGUAUCAAUGGAAGUGUCCAAAGAAACUUGGGUAUGUAGCAAUGAUUUCAUCCGACGGCAUCCCAAUAAAACGGGGAAUAAAUUAGGCGGUUCAGAUGAUACGAAGAAGAAAAAACCUCCACCGCUUCCGGUUCAACAGCGGUUUGAACCAGUGGUUCAGCCCCUGGUUCAGCCGGCAAGGUCAUCAAUUUCUUUUCCAGCUUGUGGUGGUACAGUCGCUAAUUUAAUUGAACAGAAGCUUUUAAAUGGCGGCGGCGCGUAUGAGCCGUUGGUUUUAACGAGGUGCAAGUCGGCUCCGUUGAGAUCGGCUGCGGCUAAGAUUGCGCCGUCGGAUAUGGCUUGUAGCUUGUGGGGGAGAGAUAAUGGGCGGAAGAUGGAGCCGCAUCGGCCGGCUACAUUUGGUGUUGAAACAGCUAGGGUUGGGUUCUGAUGAGAUCAACGGUCGAGAUUGAGUCUAUGGUGAGUAUCUGCCACAUGGUAUUUUUAGGAUAUGUUUUUUGUAAAUUAUUUUAUUUUGAAAUUUUUAUUAUAGUAUAAUUAAUUUUAUUUUCUAGAGCAGUAGGUUUAUAAUUUUUUUUUUUAGUAAUAGAGUAUUUUGUUUUUUUGGAUCAUAGUUGAUUGUAGAUUUGGAAUAUUUUGUUGUAGUAAAUUUGGGAUGAUUAUUUUAGUUUUACUGUUUUUAUGCCGUUUUGAACCGUUGGACAUUUUCUAGGGUCAUGUUUUCAUGGCAUCCCAAGUUUCAACAGUAUACUUCCCCCCUCAUUUUUUAAGCGUUUUAAUACGUUAU